AGUCAGGGGUCACGCAUCAUGGCGGGAAGCGCCGGUCGCACUGCGAGGAGGAGACGACGGCGGCGGAGGUCGCAGGCCACCGCGGCUGGUUCGGCCACGCCGGCUUCUCCCGCGGCCACGCCGAGGCCGAGUGGCGCGCCCCUGGGGCCCGACCCGCGCCACGUGGAGCUGCGACGAUGGAUGCGCCGGCGCGGAUUCGGCCGCUGCAGCCUGCAGGCCGCGGUGUGGCCGGACACAGGGCGAGGGCUUAUGGCGAGGAGACAUUUCCAGCCAGGCGAUGUCAUUAUCUCUGUUCCUGAGCGAUGCCUUCUCACAGCCAGUUCCGUGCUGGACACCUACCUUGGGCGCUACCUACGUGAGUGCAGUGGGAGUGUGACUGCACUGCAAGCGCUGUGCGUGUUCCUCAUCUGUGAAAGGUUCUUCUCUCAAAGCAAGACCUGCUUGCCUUUGGCGCGUGAUGGGGACCCCGCCUUGCAGCAGCACAAGCAGCCGGGACAGUGGGGCCCGUACAUCGCCGUGCUCCCUGCGUCGUACUCGUGUCCCGCGUACUUCUCCAGCGAGGAGAGGUCGGCUCUCCCCGCGCCCCUCCGUCAGGAGGCCGAGGCUCAGGUGGCAGCGCUACUGCAGGACUGGCGGGGCACCCGACCGCUCGUCCGCCUGCUCCAGCCGCUCUUCCCAGAGCCCGUGAGUCGCGUGUUCUGCAAGGACGCGUUCCGCUGGGCGUGGUGCAGCGUGAACACGCGGGCCGUGUACCUCCCCGCCCAGCCCUGCCCUGCCCUGGCCGGGGGCACGGGGAGCCUCGCACUCGCACCCGUGCUUGACCUUCUGAACCACCACCCCUCCGCAAAGGUCGCGGCGGGGUUCAACGAGGCGACGCGGGAGUACGAGGUGCGUGCUGGGCAGACGCACGCACGCCACUCGCAGGUGUUCAUUUGCUAUGGGCCUCACGACAGCCAGGGCUUGCUGCUGCACUACGGCUUCGUAUGCGAUGCCAAUCCCCAUGACGUCGUCUACGCCACUGUCGACGACGUGUUGGGUGUGGCGUGUGGCCCGAGUACUGCCGCUGAGUGGAAGUUGACCCUUCUGCAAAAGAGGGACCUCACCAGGAACCUGACAUUUGGAGUGGACGGUCCCUCGUGGAGGCUGCUCACAGCCAUCGGGAUUCUCUGUCUUCCUGCGCACAAGACCCACCUGGUCUCGGAUGUGAUCGUCGGCCGAGGGAGCAUGCAGGAGGAGAUGCAGGAGCUGGCGCUGAAGCUUUGCUGCUGCAUGGAGCAAGCACGGAGGAUGACCAUCGCCAGGAUGUCGCCCGGCUCGGGGGAACCAUCGCGGCUUCUGCUCCAACUCCUGACUCAAGAGCUGUGCAUCCUGGUCUCUGCUCGCAGUGCGAUGCAGCGUCAACGGCAAACAGCACAAGUGACAGCAACCACAGAAACAACCACAGAUACAACAGCAACCACAGAUACAACCAAAGAUACAACCGUAACCACAGAAACAACCGUAACCACAGAUACAACAGCACAAGCAACAGCAACCACAGAAACAACCACAACCACAGAUAUAUCAGCACAAGUGACAGCAACCACAGAUACAACAGCAACCACAGCUACAACAGCAACUACAGAAACAACCGCAACCACGGAUACAACAGUAACCACAAAUAUAACAGCACAAUCUACAGCAAUCACAGAUACAUCAGCAACCACAGCUACAACAGUAACUACAGAUACAACAGAAAAACCAACCACAGAUACAACAGCUACAUAUGCAACAGCACAAGCGGCAGCAAGAACAGAUACAUCAGUAAAAGUGAAAGCAACCACAGAUGCAGUAGAACCAAUGACAGAAGUAAAAGAUUAACCAACGUCUUUGGCAACAGCGUCCAGUCACUGUAUUCAACUUUUGAAUCGUUCAUUAAAUAGGAUGGCUUAUAUUUUAAUUUCAAAGGAACAUGUCAAGGAAUGUGUGAAUUGUUGUGAUUAAGAGUUACAAUUCGAGAAUGGAUUAUUUAUUCAACAUUGUGGUGAAUGAAAAUGCAGGGGUGGAAUGAUUCCAUAAAGGCGCAGUGGUGGCAAGAUGUUAACUACCUCACCUGGUAUGCAGGAGGUCGUGGUUUCGAUCAGGACUCAAACGUCUGUAUAUUUGGAGUUUACAUUUCUCUCUCCGUGAUGGUGUGGCUUUUUAUCCAGGUCCUCCGGUUUUUCCCUCCACAUUUAUAAACAUGUGUUUAUAAAAGUAUUUGGUUGCUAUACAUUUCCACACGAUACGCCACUUUUUUCUUGCUAUCAUUUGUGGCCAGGUCGCUUCUCAAAAAGAGCUACAUGGCUCCGUGGACCUGAAACUGGUAAAAUAAAAAGAGUUGUCCACAGUUGUCAUUUUAUAUAUCGUAUAUGAACAACAAAUUUGGUGAACAAUUCAGUGUCGGUGUGGUGUGCUUAAUCAAUAUGAUUGAAGUACUGUGUGCUAUCAUUCCAAUAGCACUAGCUAAAACUUGUUCCUGCUAAACUGAAGUCAGUUGUGGGGGGGCUAGAACAGUUUUGGCAACCCAUAAAAUAUUUACUCGCCCAGUACAGAUCUAGAAUCGCACGAAUCAAAAUCUUUCGACUGGAGGAAUCCGAUGAGCUAUGAAGCUCUUUUUCACAUGCCUAGUAGACAUCGUUCUGGCUGUAGCUACUAGUAUGUGUGUUGAACUUUGUUCGCACCGUACGUAGCCAACCGUGCAAAAAGGAGGUGUGAGAGAAUGAAAGCAAACUAAGCAAAAAGCUGUUAUAAAGAAAUUCGUUUUCAAUUUAGAUUUAAAAGUGCAUAUCUCCAGUGGCUUUCUAAUGUCAGAAGAGCGUUCCGGACGGCCGCAGAAGCGCAUCUGAGACCGUACGAUGCAGGUGACCGUCUUUGUUCGAUGGUUAGCUUGAAGUCGCUGCGAGGAUAGCCAGGUGCCACCUACUCCAGUCUGUGAGCAACAAGGGAAAGUGAGCAAUUUUAGCCGUGGUUUAUUUCCGGGGAACCUUUUUGCCAUUCUCAAGAUGAUAAAAUAAUGAAUAGGCUUCCUGGCAAGCAGAAAGGGUAAAGUCUAUUCACCGUGGUAUAUUGUCUGUUCACCCCACAAUCUUCCAAGUGGGGAUCAUAGCCCCCUGCACCCCCCCCCCCCGCGCCACCUUUGUCUGCAUGUGUCUAUGGUGAUAUUUUUGUUUUUAAUAAAAUUCAGGAAGUACACUGCGCUGUUCUCUGUGUGACCACGUGGGAGGGAGGAUUGACUGCCCGUUGUUGUUGCUUCGGUGUUUGCACUGUUUGCUUGCAUGCUUUCACCCUGCGGAAUAUUGAGAUGCUCUUCCUGUUUUAGGUGCUCUUAUCAGUCGGCAGCCAU